UGCUUGGUGAUUUAUUUUCGAGUCAAUGGAUCGAUAAUCAAGAAUUUGAGAAACGGGUAAAUAGGUAUAAAUGGAUAUUUGGUGAUCCAAGAAAGGAAUAUGAACAAGAAUUUAUAAAUCUAACUGGAAAUCAUGAUAUAGGGUACAGUGGGGACAUAUCUCAACAUAGGGUGGAUAGGUGGGAAAGGGAAUUUGGUAAAGUAAACUUUAAUAGUUGGAUACCACUCGUGGAAUCAGCGGAAAAUCCGAAAAAUUCCAAGGUGCACAGAUUGGCCGUCAUAAAUUCCAUGAACAUAGAUGGACCAGCUCGAAACGAGCAAUUGCGUUCCGAGACGUGGUCUUUCCUUGACGCGUUAGCCGAAGAACGUGAACACGAUGAUCAUCAAACUCCGUUAAUCUUGUCGACGCAUAUUCCGUUAUACAAGAGAGAAGGACUAUGUGUCGAUGGUCCGAUGACUCUUUUAGACGAACACGAUUUCAUCAAAGAACAGAAUCAUCUGUCGCAGAACGCAUCCAAAUUCAUUCUUACCAAACUCAAACCCAAGUUCAUAUUCACGGGGCACGAUCACGAAGGAUGCGAUGUUACCCACGUCAUACGCACGAAUGAGGGAGGAGAGUAUUCGAUGGAAGCUUACCAGACAUCCGAUUUUGAGAUGAGAAAGACCGAGAUUCUCGGCGUAAACAAGGGUACCCUCGAGGAACGGCAGCUCGAUUGGUAUGGGAGCAUAGACGAAAAUACGUGGGUGGUUAGAGAGGUCACAGUUAGGUCGGUUAUGGGAGAGUUUGGCGGGAAUGCCGGACUAUUUGAAAUUCACAGAAAGAUUAAGAGUGACGGAAGCGAAGAAUUUGAAUAUAAUUAUUCCUCGUGUCCAUUCGUGAUAAAUCACAUACCUUGGGUGGUGACUGUAAUAGACAUCUUUGUAAUAUUAGGUUGGUUAAUUUAUAAAACGGCGUGGGUGGGUCUCGAGCGAAUUCUCCGCAAGCUUAGAACCUUGGUUUAUAAUAAUUAUCAACAAUUGCAACAAAAGCAACAAUCCCUGUCCGUCACGCAGACAAAGAAAAUGAUGCGACGGAAUAGCCUAAAAUUUAGUACAAAGAAUGUUUGCAUUAUGUAA